AUGCAAUUUCGUAUCUGUAGCUUCCGUGACACUCAACAAGGUGAAAAUUGCCUCAGCCCACCUCUGAUUAUAAACUCUACUUUUAUAUACUUCCUUAAAAGAAAAAGAAAAGAGAUGCAACAACAUGAUGUGAUGUGUAUAAGUCAUUUUAACCUAUACGUCAUGUACAAAAAACUAAUUACACACACUUACCUAGUAUCCUUAUAUGCAGCAAAAGAACCCAGUCUGCAGACCUAA